ACUCGUGGUUUGCAGUCCUCCACCCCUGCCGUGGUGUGUGACUAGGCUCCAGAGUGCCCUGGAACAAAAAGUCCUCUUGCGGUUUGCAUCAAAGCCGUUUUUGUGACAGUCCAAUCAUAGAAAAGAUGGAAAAAAGGACAUGUGCCCUGUGCCCUGAAGGCCACGAGUGGAGUCAAAUAUACUUUUCACCAUCAGGAAAUAUAGUUGCUCAUGAAAACUGUUUGCUGUAUUCAUCAGGACUGGUGGAGUGUGAGACUCUUGAUCUACGUAAUACAAUUAGAAACUUUGAUGUCAAAUCUGUAAAGAAAGAGAUCUGGAGAGGAAGAAGAUUGAAAUGCUCAUUCUGUAACAAAGGAGGCGCCACCGUGGGGUGUGAUUUAUGGUUCUGUAAGAAGAGUUACCACUAUGUCUGUGCCAAAAAGGACCAAGCAAUUCUUCAAGUUGAUGGAAACCAUGGAACUUACAAAUUAUUUUGCCCAGAACAUUCUCCAGAACAAGAAGAGGCCACUGAAAGUGCUGAUGACCCAAGCAUGAAGAAGAAGAGAGGAAAAAACAAACGCCUCUCAUCAGGCCCUCCUGCACAGCCAAAAACGAUGAAAUGUAGUAACGCCAAAAGACAUAUGACAGAAGAGCCUCAUGGUCACACAGAUGCAGCUGUCAAAUCUCCUUUUCUUAAGAAAUGCCAGGAAGCAGGACUUCUUACUGAACUAUUUGAACACAUACUAGAAAAUAUGGAUUCAGUUCAUGGAAGACUUGUGGAUGAGACUGCCUCAGAGUCGGACUAUGAAGGGAUCGAGACCUUACUGUUUGACUGUGGAUUAUUUAAAGACACACUAAGAAAAUUCCAAGAAGUAAUCAAGAGUAAAGCUUGUGAAUGGGAAGAAAGGCAAAGGCAGAUGAAGCAGCAGCUUGAGGCACUUGCAGACUUACAACAAAGCUUGUGCUCAUUUCAAGAAAAUGGGGACCUGGACUGCUCAAGUUCUACAUCAGGAUCCUUGCUACCUCCUGAGGACCACCAGGUCAGAUCCCAGGAGUCUCCUGAAGUGCAAGCAGGCUCAGGAGACAGCCUGUGACAGAUCCACAGUCCCCUCCCGCUCUGACCUGCUACUGCUCAUCCAUGCUCCAUACCUGGCUGGGUGUUUCUUGUCUCCUCUCUUCUCAUCUCACUUGUCCUGCUUUCCCCUGACAGUAAAAGCUGUUCCUCAGGAAAACUGGAUGGGGCCUCCAUGUUCUCCAAGGAUCGAGGAAGUCUUCCUGCCUACCCUGCCCACCCCAGUCAAGGGCAGCAACACCAGAGCUUUGCUCAGCCUUAAAUGGAAUCUUAGAGCUUUCUCUUGCUUCUGCUACUCCUACAGAUGGCCUCAUCAUGGUCUCCACUCAGUAUUAAUAACUCCAUCAGCAUAGAGCAAACUCAACACUGUGCAUUGCACACUGUUACCAUGGGUUUAUGCUCACUAUCAUAUCACAUUGCCAAUAUUUAGCACACUUAAUAAAUGCUUGUCAAAACCACUGAAGUGUGCACCGUUUAUUUAAUACAGUCCCAGGCAGCCCUCAGAUGUAGCAAGACACAAUGCACUCUUCUGUUUUUACCAAUUUUGUGGGUCUUCAUCAGACUCUUUUUAAAAAGUGUCUUUUUGGCAUCAGUCAUUACAAGGGCAUGCUUCAUGUUCAAGACCAACUCCAGCUUUUGAAUCUGGGCUCUUUGACUCGAGCACCAUUAGGGGGAAUAGGGGAUGUGGAGCACUAAGACUUUCCCCACCUGACAGUAUGCAUCAGAUCUGUGUACCCACACUGCCCCUGACCCUUGACUCCUCUCACAUCCACAUUUCUCAUUUCCUCCCAUGAUCCUCUGGGUCACAGUAAUGCGCCUGACAGAAUUGGAUUGAGCUGUGUCCCAGCAUGGUAUCUAGUUUGUUAUGUGUGCUCACACACUUGUGAAGGAAUCACUCCUGGUGCAAUACUGUGGGUACCAAGGCCUGUCUAAGCCACUUCAGGAGGGAUCAACUGGAAUGACUGCCAUCUGAGCACCUGUCAGAACCAGCUGGGACCCUUUUAUGUUAGUGCUUCCUCUGCUGCUUUACAUACAGCUGGAAUCUGUUCAUCUCAGUAGAUUAUACGGCACAAAAAGCACCACGUUUGGUGUUCAUAAUGUAGAUGUAUAUGGGGCAAAUUGCUAAAAGAAACCUGCUGUGUUAUUACUGAAAAAUGAGCCAAAUAAUCAUAGCCCUCAGUUUAAUACCAGAACCCAGAGAGCUAAACUCUGGCCUUGUUGCCCUCUGGCCUCCGGAAGGAUAUCGUGGCCCAUGCACACCUCUGGGUACAACGUUCAUGUUAGAAUCUUUAGGUAUCCCUUUUUAGCCUCGGUUGUUAUCCCCUUCUCACCUUCUCCUAAGAACUAUUUUGACUUAUGAGGAUAGUGGCUUUUUACAUAGGAAGUUCAACAGUCCUCUUCUAUCAGAAAUAAGAUCUUUUGCUUCCUGAGGUAGUUGAGAACUAGUUGACACAGUAUUGCUGUCUACAGUAUUGCUGUAGACAAGCAUCUACAUAAGACUGUUCAAUUGAUUGUUGUUUUAUAUCAAACAACUUUUGUAAUACUCAUUUUUAUUGUUACAGUAUUUUAUAAAUUUUAAAGAAUAUGAUAAAAAAUGAAAGGUAUUUCAGGUUUUAAAAGGGGUCUCCAGGAGGAGUUGGGGUAUAAAAAAGAAAGGAGCAUGUGAUGUGAGUCUAUUUACUCAAAAUAUGUUUUUAAAUGUUAAUAAAUUCAGAUAAAAUGAAAUUAGGUAUCUUUUCUCAUGAUAAUGAAAUAAAACUUAAAUAAAAAAUUCACAACUUAAUCCAUGUUGCAUCAAAAUAUCAACUGCCUCCCUUUUUCAGGGUACAUAGUACUCUAUUCUAAAGGGGAAAAGCAACCACAACUGUACAUGCCUGCCCUAAGAGAUUGUUUACUAAUACUGUUCAAGAAUUAUAUAAAUGUGUCCUAAAUACUGAACUAUCAAUCAUUGGUCUAAUAAAUCCAAGGAUACAGGCUUUGGACGUUCAAGAAA